AUGUCUCUCCGCAUCCCCACGCUGCGCCAUGCCCUGCGCCAGCCCCUCGUCAACCCCCGCGCCACUCAACGUCGCUGGGCUCAGGUGCAAGACAUUCGCCGCUUCCUCGUCACCCACGACUCCCAGGAGCGCAUCCUCGCCAAGUACAAGGAGAAGCUCGAGCACAAGGCGCGGGAAAAGGGUCUCAAGGACCUUGACGAGCUCAAGGAGCAGUACAAGGACAGGAUCGAGGAGCUGAGGAAACAGGCCAUUGUGCCCGGCGCGACAGAGCCCCUGGCCGUCGCCCCCUCCGCCGCCCGCUGCCUCGGGCUCCCCACCGCCCCACCACCAGGCGUCAAGACGCUCAAUUCCUUCCUCGACCUCGACAAAGUCCAGACUCUCCCCGAGAAGGAAGUCCAAGCCCUGUGGCGCCUUCGACAUGCUGCCAACCCGCAGAGCAUUCAUUUCGCCGUUCCAGCCACGACCUUCUCCCAGCUCCUCCGCAGCGCGAAACAACACCCCUCGUUUGUCCUCCCCGUCCCCCGCGAGAUACCCGCCGACGCCUCAUCAGCGUCACAGGAACAGCCACAGACGCAGCAAGCCGCCGAGCUGCACUAUCUGCAGUUCUCCCACCCACACGUUGAUACUACCACGCUCAUGUUCACAACGCUCGCAGAGUUCAAGCUGAGGGGCGAAUUUGCGAGUCCGCACACCACCAUCACCUUCCACCAGGAGCUCGCCGAGAGCCACAACUUGGUUCUGGGACAGGGCUUGGUUAUCGAGAACAGAGGCGUAAGCGUCGACGAGGCCAGAUGGCUCGUCAUGUGCAUGCAGAAGUUUUACGUGCAGACGGAAGAGGGCAAGGCACGCAGCCAACUACUCAACAUGUUCACUCGCGGAGACAGCGCAUUUCAAGUAGAACGACUUAUAGAUGAGGCAGAGAAGAUUUUGUAA